AUGCGCUCGCGUCACACGCGCCGUCCAGAUUCAAACUGGUCGGCGGUUGAGAAAGAACGCGGCGAGUGAGGAGCGCGUAACGUUGCAGAAACUAGCCAAAUUAAAUUAAACGCAAGAUGUCCAAGACGCUAAAAGGAAUCACGCUGAAGGGGAGUGCAGAGCUCGUCGCCGAGUUUUUCUCGUUCGGUAUCAACAGCAUCUUGUACCAGAGAGGAAUCUACCCAGCGGAAACCUUCACCAGAGUUACACAAUAUGACAUGAGCCUUCAACUGACCACAGACGCAAAGCUGAAGAACUACCUCACCAAUGUCAUCUCACAACUCAAAGAAUGGUUGUUUGAUUGCACGGUUCAGAAGCUGGUGGUGGUCAUCACGUGCCUGGAGACUAAUGAGGUGCUGGAGCGAUGGCAGUUUGAUAUCGAGUGUGACAAGACGGCAAAGGAAACCAACACACACAGGGAGAAGUCCAUAAAAGCUAUCCAAGAGGAAAUCCGUUCUGUUAUCAGACAGAUCACUGCCACGGUCACCUUCUUGCCGUUGUUAGAAACCGCCUGUGCUUUCGACCUUCUGAUCUACACAGACAAAGAUCUCGAGGUACCCAAGCAAUGGGAGGAAUCCGGGCCUCAACUAAUCGACCAAUCAGAAGAGGUCCGCUUGCGUUCCUUUACUACUACGAUUCAUAAGGUGAACAGUAUGGUGGCCUAUAAGAGGACAAACUCCACAUGAUUUGUCUUGUUUAGUGUUCUGAUCUCUCUCUCUUUUUGUGUUAUGUUCAACUUUUCAGUCUUGUGUAUAUAUCUAUAUAAAGCUCGUUUCUUAUUUGCUAUCGUUUUAAAGAAUGUAUUUCCUAAUACAGAAAAUAAACUUCUCGUUUCCAAGA